GAAAAGUGGAAUCCAGAACCUUCUUAAGGAAUCCAAAAUUUGCCCUUCCAGAACCCUCGCUGGUUCUAGCGAUUUCCAUUCCAAGUAGACGCAGCAAGAAAUCCCCGUCGCCGUCGGAGCUUAUGCACUUUCCUUCAUCUUCUUCCUCCAAAUUCUCUCCCGCUGCUUGAUACCAGUUCCAUUUCAAGCUCGAAGAAGAUUCAGGUUAUGGCGGAAGACUUGUCUCUUGAUUUGGAGGAGCUUCGUCACCUCCAGAGCAUUGCCAAGAGACCUCGAGUUGUCUCUCUCAUUUCUUCUGAGAUUCGCAACUUAGAGAAGAUGUCGAAAGAAUCCGUCUCUGCUCCAACCGUACAAACUCCCACUGCCACUCCUAUUUCAACUUCAACAGCUAAGGUGCCCACCGGUCCAGCUAUUAUUUACACUCCACUGUCUGGAUUCAGCUGGGAUCAGGACAAUGACAAAGUGAAGAUAUAUAUAUCUCUGGAAGAAAUUGAGCAAGAAAAAGUAGAGGCUGACUACAAGGUAAUGUCAAUCGAUAUCAAGUUCCACGAUGUCAAGGGGAAGAAUUACCGGUUUGCCAUUCCUAAGUUGAACAAGGAAAUCAUGCCUGAGAAGUGCAAGUUGCUGAUUAAACCAACGAGGGCCGUGAUCACGUUGUAUAAAGCUUCAAAAGGGAACUGGUUAGACUUGCACUUGAAGGAGGACAAGCUCAAGCCAGGUCUAGAUAAAGAACGUGACCCAAUGGCAGGAAUCAUGGACUUAAUGAAGAAUAUGUACGACGAUGGAGAUGAUGAGAUGAAAAGAACGAUAGCAAAGGCGUGGACUGAUGCCAGAUCCGGCAAGACCGCUGAUCCACUCAAAGGGUUUCCUUGAACAAUUGGCUGGACAAAUCUAAUUAUCAUCUUUUAGGAAUGAUUUUUAGCUCGAUGAGAUCAUAUUUUGUUAUCUUUUUGUGAUGAUCAAUGAACUGCCUUCUGUCGGCUUUUCCUUUUACGGUUUGAAUCCUUUCGAUUCCUCUAGUUCUGAAGGAGUUUGUAUAAAACUUGCUUUACAUUUUUAUGAUCUAUAAAAAGUUCAACUUGGCAUGGUUAUGGUA